AUGCCGCUCACACAGCCCCUGCGGUGUAGGCUUCGUCCUUCCCUCCACUCUCGAAUCAACAUCCGUGGCUCGGACCAACGCCGGGUACUUACUUCUUUGCCUGCGCUCUUCAAUUCUUUCAAAUAUUUCCCCUAUCAAUCUCGACGACCUCAACCUCGUGCCUCCGCAACAUCAAUCCCCAUGACGCAAUCCAGAAGCCACGGCCAUAGCCACGGCCACCACCAUCAUCAUCACGACAAUGUAUACCUGACUUCCACGAACAAAAACGACGCCGGUGUGCGCAUUACUCGGAUUGGCCUGGUUGCCAACCUGGCAAUGGCCAUUAGCAAAUUCAUUGGAGGCUAUGUCUUUCACUCCCAAGCUUUGAUCGCCGACGCCUACCACGCCCUUACCGACUUGGUCUCCGAUUUCUUAACUUUGGGAACGGUCGCAUGGUCCCUUAAACCCCCGAGUGAGCGAUUUCCCCAUGGUUACGGAAAGGUAGAGAGCAUCGGUGCCUUGGGCGUGAGUGGACUGUUACUAUGCGGUGGUAUGUUUAUGGGUCUCAAUGCAGGACAGGUCCUGCUCGCCCAUUGCUACCCCGACUUGGCGGAAACGCUCGCCCACAUUGGGAUAUUUGGACAUGGACACGGACAUUCACACAGCCAUGGUAUUGAUGUGAUGGGACCUAGUAUUCAUGCAGCCUGGAUAGCCGGCGGGUCAAUUGUCGUGAAGGAAUGGCUCUACCGCGCAACCAUGAAAGUAGCCGAGGAGCGCAAGUCGUCCGUGCUCGCAUCCAACGCCGUCCACCACCGAAUUGAUUCUCUCACCAGUAUUGUCGCCCUGGCCACGAUUGGCGGAAGUUAUGUUUUCCAAGAUGCCACCUGGCUGGAUCCGGUUGGUGGUCUUUUAAUCUCCUUGAUGGUGAUCAAGGCCGGCUGGGGCAACACCAUUACCGCUCUGUUGGAACUGGCUGAUACCACGGUGGACGACGAAAUUAAGACAUCUGUGCAAACCGCCGCCUCGAAGGCACUGAAGGAUAUUGAAGACGGAGAGCAGGUGAUCAUCCGCGACGUCCAGGGUAUGAAGUCUGGACAGAACUACCUGAUGGAUAUUGAACUUGCCGUCCCCGGAGCUUGGGCUAUCACUCGCUCCCGAGUGGUGGAAGAGGCUGUCCGCCAAACCAUCGGAGCUGGAGUUCGUGGGGUGAAACGUGUUAGAGUUCGCUUUAUUCCCGUGGAAGAGCAGGAGCUAACAUUCUCUGAGGAGUUUGUCUCCCAGGAUUCUGGGGCAAACCCAGAGCUUGAUGAUAGCCAUGCCCACGCCUCUGGAUCCUCUCACGAGGACCACGCUCACAAGAGGCAUUAA